ACGAAAUGAACACUCACGAACCCAUUCCCUUGAGCAUGUUUUCCCUGUCCGUCUGGUUUGUUUUGUGUUUUACGUUCCUGACUGUAUUCCGUUCCGGUUGCCGGGCAACGAGUGCAAGCCAGAAAAUUCCAGGAUCACCAGAACCUUCUCUCAACCGGAUCCUCGUGAGCAAUCUACACACCUGUUCCCGAUCAUCAUCACUACCACCAUCAUCCAGGCCCUGCCAGAUCGUCCUCUAUAUUUAUAUAGUUGCUGGGAAACGAGUGGAAGACGGAAAAUUCCAGGAUCACCAGAACCUCCUCUCAACCGGAUCCUCGUCAGCCAUUUACACACCUGUUCCUGAUCUUCAUCACUACCACCAUCAUCCAGGCCCUGCCGGAUCGUUAGCCACACUAUACCUUCACCCUGGAAUUCCCUUCCCCCCCGGUCUGGUAACCAGAACCAUCAACUUCGUCGUUCCAUCAAGACUCCUGUUCACCAGUACUCACCUCCCAACACAUUCGUCAUCUCUAUCAGCAUUCCAUCACCCGGACUCACCUGUCUACACGCCUGGCAUUACCUUUUCAAAUAUAUUUUGGUCAUCAAUAAAUACUGACCUUUUUUACCACCACCUACCUUGUCCUGGUCUGCGUUUGGGUUCAGAAUCUGAGACAUAA